CUUCAAAGUAUUACUUGGCCUCCAAUCUACGUCUGGGCAGAACUGCUUCCCAGCACUACUAUGGCGAGCUGAGUAAGAAUGGAUGCGACAUAAACCAGAAGGUUUGAAGACUUAGUCACCAAUUUUGAUGCACUUACUGUUGACACUUUAUUUCCAAACACUUGAAUUAUUUCAGCAUUUCUGACAAAGGAAGAUGACCUCUACUGUAGGGAUACCACCAUACUAUGAAAAUCAUGGCUUUCAGUCAGAAAACUCCCCCCCUGCCAGACAACCAGUAGGUGCUCAGGCAUAUCCGCCGUACCUCUCUACAAAUGUUCCGUCAGUGCCAAACUACGUCCCAAAAGUUGUUACCUGUCAGUCAAGCAGGCCAGUGGCACGUUCAUCCAGGAGAGCCUGUGCACCAAAAACAAAGAAAAUCAUAAUCAUUAUCAUAUCCAUUUUAAUAGUCAUAUGUUGUAUAAUAGCUGCAUUCCUCAUUUGGUAUUUUGUGGAGAAUCGCUGUCUUGGCUCUCUAAUAGAGUGUGGCUCUUCAGGAGUGUGCAUGUCGGCCUCGCAGUGGUGUGACGGGACGAUCCAAUGCCCCAACGGCGAGGACGAAAAUCGGUGUGUUAGACUUUAUGGACCAGACUUUGUCUUGGAAGUUUAUUCGCCUGUCAGCAACUCCUGGUAUCCCGUUUGCGAAGAUGGCUGGAAUGACGAUUACGGAAAGAUAGCGUGUCAAGACAUGGGCUACGAUGUAGAUACGUAUUACUAUAGUAAAGGAGUAACACCAGAAACUGACUUUGAAAGCUUUAUGAUGCUGAAUACAAGUGCUGAGAAUAUAGAUUUGUACAGAAGGCUCUAUACCAGUGACUCCUGUGUUUCAGGAAAUGUGGUUUCUCUGCGCUGCAUAAAUUGUGGCGUGUCCACUAAAAACGCGAAAAUUAUGAGCAGAAUCGUGGGUGGAAGCGCUGCAUCACUGGGCCAGUGGCCGUGGCAGGUCAGCCUCCACGUGCAGGAUGUCCAUAUCUGUGGCGGCUCCCUCAUCACCCCUGAGUGGAUAGUGACCGCUGCUCACUGCGUGGAAGGGAAAUAUUCUAACCCGUACAGCUGGAGAGUUUAUGCUGGGAUCCUGAAUCAGCAAGAUAUGAUCUACAGCGAUGGACACAGUGUGCAAAAAGUCAUUUCCCACCCAGAUUAUGAUGCAGAUUCUAAAGACAACGAUGUUGCCCUUAUGAAGUUAGCGGCUCCAUUAACUUUUAAUGACAAUGUAAGGCCAGUUUGUCUGCCCAACCCGGGAAUGAUGUUCCAGUCCAACCAGGAGUGCUGGAUAUCUGGGUGGGGAGCAGAGUACGAAGGAGGCAAAACAUCAGAUAGCUUGAACUCUGCUAUGGUACCCUUAAUAGAACGUUCUAGUUGUAAUUCAAUCUAUAUCUAUAAUGGCAUGGUUUUACCUACAAUGGUCUGUGCUGGAUUUCUCACAGGAGGAAUUGAUUCCUGUCAGGGUGACAGUGGAGGUCCUUUAGUAACUAGUAAAAACUCUGUGUGGUGGUUGGUUGGAGAUACCAGCUGGGGAACUGGCUGUGCUACUCCCAACAGACCUGGAGUUUAUGGGAAUAUGACUGUGUUUACAGAUUGGAUUUAUAAAAUUAUGCAGGCAAACAGAUGACAACACUCUCUGUCUUUCUUGCUGAUCGAUGUUUCUGAGAACAAGCCUAAAUGAAGCCAUGGGUUCCUGGGAUAUUUAUUCACCUUGCAGAUGAUUUUUCUUUCUGAAUUUUAUUUUUUAAAAAGCAACAUGAAGGAUCACACACUCGGUUCUGUGCUGGUUACAGUGACUGAUUUAAUCAAUGAAGAAUUAUCACAAUAAGCACCUCUCUCCUGAAUGUGGUGCCUGGCAGAAAGCUGUUCUGCUUGGAGAAAGCAGAAAGUCAACUGCUCGCUCUGUUUAAGUAACUUUCACUGGAUA